AUUUCGAACAGUUGAAUGCGUAUUGUAACUGUUCGCCGGCGAAUUUUACCGCCACGCGACGCUUUUGGCGACGUUGCCACUUCGCGCUACGAAAUAUAAGGUUUUGCUAUAACAAAACAAUUGGAAUCCUGCUUUGAUUCAAUCAGGCAAAAACAGAUCAGUCAAGUUAUGUCUGCGGCCAUCGGCAACGGAGAACAGUCAGCGCAAGGUGAAUUUAACUCUGUUAUUUGAGGAACAGAGUCCGUUGUGGGCGGCACGACGGAGCAGGAAGCCAUGCUUAAGGAGCGGCAGAGUUUGGAGGGGUCGCCUGCUGCCCCAGACGAGUGCGCCGGCUGCGGGGGAAGGAUACAAGACAGGUUUUACCUACUUGCCGUGGACCGACAAUGGCAUGGUACUUGCUUGAGAUGCUGCGAGUGUCGAUUGCCCCUUGACACUGAGCUGACUUGCUUCUCAAGAGAUGGAAACAUCUACUGCAAGGACGAUUACUAUAGAAUGUUCUGCGUGAAGCGCUGCGCUCGCUGUGGCAAUGGCAUUACCGCUAACGAGCUUGUGAUGAGAGCACGCGACAUGGUGUACCACCUAACUUGCUUCACAUGCUUCACUUGUGGCACUCUACUGUCCAAGGGUGACGUGUUCGGCAUGAGAGAUGGAUUGGUGUACUGUCGUCCACACUAUGAUAACGCGUGUAUGGAUGAAUAUUGUGAAGACGAUACGAACAGCGUCUAUAGGUGUCAAGAUAUGCACAGCGGAGGUGAUUCUCCAUCACAGUUCUACAACGGAGGACCAAGUCACAAAGGACGUCCUAGGAAAAGAAAACUAGCUCAAGGGUCACCCGAAGACAUGCAGGUGCAAACAAUGCGAAUGAGCAGCACAGCACUCGAAAUACUGCAUAGAGGUGAUUUGUCUUCCUCAAUGGAAUCAUUGGCUUACGAUUCGUCAGUGGCUUCGCCAGGUAGCGUCUCGAGCCACACACAACGCACCAAGCGAAUGCGAACCAGCUUCAAGCAUCACCAGCUGCGCACCAUGAAGUCCUACUUUGCGAUUAAUCAAAAUCCUGACGCCAAAGAUUUAAAACAGCUUGCGCAGAAAACUGGCCUCUCGAAACGAGUCCUACAGGUCUGGUUUCAAAAUGCGCGGGCAAAGUGGCGACGUAACAUCAUGCGUCAAGAAUCGAACCAGCACGUACCGAUGACCGCGAACGGCAACCCGGGCCACUCGGGGAACACGUCUCUUGUACCAGGACCGGUGUCGACGAAUGGUGUCCCUUCUACAAUGAUGAUGGGCGAACCACUCCAAGGUAUAGACGACAUGAGAGUACAUACUCCUCAUCCGAUAAGUUUCAACGAAUUGUAUUAAUAAACGAUGAUAAAAAUCGAGUCGUACAUUACUAUCUUUGUAUUCUU